UUUAUGAACAACGGAAGAUUUCUUUUUUUUUUUAAUUUGACAAUUCAUUUACUGAAUGUGACAAAUUAAUAACAAGUGCCUUUAGGUUACAUCACCUGUGUGAAAUACGCCUCAAGUUCAGGCAAUGACUGGGGUAUGGAAGGCAGUGCUUCUAAUACACUGAGGACACUACUAGAGCAAAUGCAAUCUGAACCUACAGUUACACUCAUGGCUAACAAGACACCACCAAAAUCCUCAGGCGAGGUCUUCCCCACCUUCCUAUACAAGAUUUCCCCCAUCCUCUCUGUUCAGCAGUCACCCUCAAUGGUUCAGUCUUCAUCAUCCCCCAAAAACACCAGUACUGCUGUUGUGACUAGCAUGCCUCCUAAUGUGGCCAGCACUGGGGCCACAAUGGUUCUGGAGGAUAUGGGACUAAGAAGAACACGGACUGUGAUCCCUAACUCUGUUAAAGUUCAAAUUGCUAAAGUAGCCAAUCAGAUCCCUAGAAUGACACAGGGCGAGAUUGCUCAGAUGUUUGGAAUCGAUAGAACAACAGUAUCAAAGAUCCUAAAGAGACGAAGGGAGUAUCUGGGCCCAGAACCAGAAUCAUCAAAAGCAAAGUAUUCUUGUCCAGCCCCAGAGUUGCGCAAUGAGGCACUACCUGAACGGAGAGUGCCAAACAUUUUGUCAGCAUCCAAAGCCAGGAUGCAGAAGGAAACGACAGCAAAUCAGAAUAGCUCUGCGGGAGGUAACAAAAUUCCAAAGCAACAGACACAAGUGCCUUCUCCAAAGCCAGAGGAACAUAUAGAGAUCAAGGAAGAGGUCACUGAAAUUGAUGACUCCGAGGCAUUGUCGCGCGAGAUGAAUAAUUUGGACAAGUUUCGGGAUCAGCAGAAAAUGAUAGAGGAGGCUAACAAACAACGAAAAGCUCUGCUUUCCAAAACUUUGACAGAAAGACAAAGGAAAGCACGCGAAGAAGCCCAGAAGUUGUCCCACAUUCAGAAAGAGGUCCAGUUACUGGACAAUCGACUGUCUGCAGAUGUUACACUCAUCAGGAGUCGGAUAGAAUCAGCCAGCAAAGAUUACAUGGAAGCACAGCGACGUUAUGAUAGGGCAGAAAGAGAAUUUAUUGAGGCAAAGAUGGAUCUGCAGAAGAAAUCUGAUUUGAAGGAACAAUUGACAGAACAUUUAUAUACAAUCAUACACCAAAACGAAUUACGCAAGGCAGAGAAACUUUCACAGCUGAUGAAUGAACUCCAUGUAGAAAUGGAGUCGGAGGAGGAGGGGGUAAAGCUGGCAACACUUCCUCCACUUAGUGCUUUUAAUUCCGUUAGUCUUCCAACAUUGCACAGAACAAGAUCCCAUGAUCCAAGUCAAAAUGGAGCUCCAUCUACCAAAGACAGUAAUCAAAAAUCCUCUGACUCAAGUGAAAAUACUGCUGCUAAAUCUGUAUCUACUGGCCAUGUUGAGGAAGCCAAAGAUAGAACUGUUUGUUCACCCGCAACAGAAUCUCAAAAUGGUAAAGAAAAAGUUGUAAAUGACUGUGCAAAGGGAAAACAAAAUUCCAACGAAACUUCCGUGAGUCAUGAGAAUUUUGUUCAGCAAGGGACUUCAGAAAUAAAUUCUGAUGGCAAAAUAAAUACAGAAAAACCUGUCCCAACAUCAUGGACAUUAGAUGUGAUAAUCAAACAAGAACCAGAGGAUGGUGUUUAAAUAGUAUUAUGUCACAUAACCAAAUAAUCAUAUCAAUAAAAAAAAUCUGUAAUAAAAGUACACAUUUAGUCAU